AUGACAGAUGAGCAAAUAAAGAAUAGAUGCAACUUCCUAAAUUUUGUCGGAAAUAUUAGGUGCUUGCGCUGUGAUGAUUUAUCUCAAGAAAGACUAAAGCAACUAAGGGAGCAUGAGGAGCAUCUUCCAUUACAGAAAGGAGACUGGAAAUAUGGUAACUGCUUUGAGUUUCUAAAGAUGCUACUUCUUAAAUCUUGCAAAGAACAAAAGAUGUCUACGAUGCAAAGAGAAGCCUUCAAAGCGAGAGUUCAAUCCCGGAGAAUGGGAAUGCGAAUCGUGCAACGAUAUCAAUUUCAGAAAAAACAUGGUUUGCUUGAAAUGCGUCCCCUCAUUCUACAAAGGAAAAAGGAGUUAAUAGUGGUUGUAGCAGCUUUAAGGAAUCGCGCUUCUGGAAUUAUAGAUUUUCCUAUUAUUGGAGGUAAAAGCAGUUUGUCUCAAGACGCAAGAAAGAGAGAAAAAUGGAAGGUAGAGAUGUUAGAAAGAAUCAAAAGUGCUGAAAGAAGAAGUCAAAAAAAUGAUGAAUCUGGUGAUGCCAACAUUAAAAAAGGAUUGAAUUAUCAUCAAGCUUGUGAUGAUGUAGAGAGAGCUGCGUAG